GGAAAGAAAAAAGGCCUGGAUGGACCACAGCUUUGCUCCUGCUCCUCCAGAGAUGCAGCCGCAUGGGGGCCCAGGCCCUGGAACCUCCUUCUCCCACAGUCACAUGCUGGGGUGCCCUACCCGCCCCUCAAGGCUCCCUGGAGGAGCGUCCCCCCUCAUCCCUGUCCUCAGGAAGACUAUCCAUCUGGAUGCCUUCCCCCAAAGCCAUAUCCCACAGACUUCCAGCCGACCAGGCCUUGGAACCAAGGCCCAGAGUGUACCCCCACAGGAGACUGGCAUUGUCCCAGGGGCUUCCCUGAGCCCCCUGCCUGCCAACAGCCUUGUGCCCAGGAAGCUCAGCUGCAUCUCCUUAACGCUCCGUCAGAACAGCCAGCCGCGGCCCCUGGAGCCCCUACUUUCUCACUGGGAAGAGUUACCCACCCCAGGAAAGAAGGCUGCUACCCACGAAGGAGGGAGGCUGUCUGCUUCAGGCUCACUACCUGUGACCCUAACACCAGGGAGCAGGGUCCACUCCAAGGGCCCAGGGAACCCGCUUCUGACCACACACAGCAGGAUGCCCACAGUGGAGAAGCCUCUGGUGAGUUCACACCUGGCCUUACCUUUCCAAUCCCAGUUAGCCCGGAGUGAGCCAGUCCUUGCAGGGCCAGACCCAGCAGGUCGGGGGCGCCCUGUCCCCGUGACUGCCCACAUGCCUACCAGAGCUGCUUCGGCAAGAGGCAAGACCCGGUCCAGGGGUAUCCCCAGACCUCGGGUGCGUCCCCAAAGGGCCAAUGCCACUAUGAACUUGAAUGCUGUGGACACAAGGACAGAUACAGCCAGAUAUUUAGCCACAGUGGCCACCAACAGACCUAGCCUGGCUACCAAUUUGGCCACACCAAACACACCCAGAUUGGACACAGGCACAGAGUUCCCUGCUCUGAAAACCAAGCUGGGCACAGCCAUGGACUUAUCUACAGCAGGCACAGCCAAAUCAGGCAAAGCCAUGAACUUGUCUACAGCAGGCACAACCAAGAAUUUGACUACAGUAGGGACAACCAAGCCAGGCAUGAUCAUGGAUUUGAUAACCCCAGAGCCAGACAAGCUGGGCAAAACUAUGGCUACAGCAGCUACAGCCAAAUUAGAUAUGACUGCAGGGGGUACAGCCAUGGAUCUGGCAAUACCAGAGCCAGUCAAGCUGGGUACAACCAUAGCUACGGUGGGCACAACUGGGUUGGAAACAGCCAUGGCUUUGGCGAGAGCAAACAGAGCCAAGCUGGGCACAGCUAUGGAUUCUCUUGCUUUGGACAUAAGCAGGUUGGGCACAGCCAUGGGUUCAGUUGUACCAGUCACCCCAGACCCAGCCACUGGGGAGACCCCACUGGACAGGGUUAAUGAUCUGACCACACUGGACAUUGCUACCUGCCUGGUGAUGUCAAGCAGAAGCACAGCCCCAGCCCUGGACCACCCUGCAACAGGUGCUGCCCUAGACCAAGCCACAGAGACUGCCACUCUGGACCUGGCCAGAGAAUGCAAAGGAUUCCCAGAGACCAGGACGGACGCAGCCAUGUCAGAGCUGGUGCCUGAGCCCAGGCCUAAGCCGGCAGUGCCCAUGAAGCCCGUCAGCAUCAACUCCAACUUGCUGGGCUACAUCGGCAUCGACACCAUCAUUGAGCAGAUGCGCAAGAAGACCAUGAAGACCGGUUUCGACUUCAACAUCAUGGUCGUUGGCCAAAGUGGACUGGGCAAGUCAACACUGGUCAACACACUCUUCAAAUCCCAAGUGAGCCGCAAGGCCUCCAGCUGGAACCGGGAGGAGAAGAUCCCCAAGACGGUGGAGAUCAAAGCUAUUGGGCAUGUGAUAGAGGAAGGCGGUGUCAAAAUGAAGCUGACUGUCAUCGACACCCCGGGCUUUGGAGACCAGAUCAACAAUGAAAACUGCUGGGAACCCAUUGAGAAGUACAUCAAUGAGCAGUACGAGAAGUUCCUAAAGGAGGAGGUGAACAUCGCCAGGAAGAAGCGCAUCCCUGACACUCGUGUCCACUGCUGCCUCUACUUCAUCUCCCCCACGGGACAUUCCUUGCGACCUCUUGAUCUCGAGUUCAUGAAACACCUCAGCAAAGUUGUGAACAUCAUCCCUGUCAUUGCUAAGGCUGACACCAUGACCCUGGAGGAGAAGUCUGAAUUCAAGCAAAGGGUUCGCAAGGAGCUUGAAGUAAAUGGCAUUGAAUUCUACCCCCAGAAGGAAUUUGAUGAAGAUUUGGAGGACAAGACAGAGAAUGACAAAAUCAGGCAGGAGAGCAUGCCUUUCGCUGUGGUGGGAAGUGACAAGGAGUACCAAGUGAAUGGCAAGAGGGUCCUCGGCAGAAAAACUCCCUGGGGGAUCAUUGAAGUGGAAAACCUCAACCACUGUGAGUUUGCCUUGCUUCGAGACUUUGUCAUCAGGACCCACCUCCAGGACCUCAAGGAAGUGACACACAACAUCCACUAUGAGACUUACAGGGCCAAGCGGCUCAAUGACAAUGGAGGCCUCCCUCCGGGAGAAGGCCUCCUGGGCACUGUCCUUCCUCCUGUGCCAGCCACCCCCUGCCCCACGGCUGAAUGAAGGCCAUUUCAAGUGCUGCUUCUCCCUCCAUCCCUCUCGGCUGUCCUGCUGCAGGGCCAAGCCCUUUUUAGCGCUGUGCUUGUCCAGCCCACCGCCUCAGCCCCUCUCAGCCCUCAGCAGGUGGGAGGGGCCAGCUGUCUCUUUAGGACAGUUGCGUCCUCCAUUUAUCUAAUCCACUGCUCUCCUCCCAGUGGAAUGGAGUUCUGCCAGCGCUGCCCCACUCCAUCAUCUGUGUCAGCCAGCCCCAGUCCAUCUGUAGGGUGAAAGAACUCAUCAAGAGCUGCUUCUGCCCUUGCAAACCCAUACCAGCUACUUGUAACCAUCCUGAAGGGCAAUGGCAUUGCUCCCUGUCCAUUCAUCUGCAUGAGCUACUCUUGACUUCCUGAGAGGGUCAAGAAAGCAACUUUUUCUGCUUGUCAGAUUCAUUGAGAUCAGCUGUGUGAGCCCCAGUGUGGGACAAGAGUGUCUCCUUCAUUGCUUAAAAGUAUUCAUAAGGGUGGGUCACUAUAGAUGUUGGGGAGCAAGGGCUAGGACCACUUUUUGAAAAAUUACCACUUGUGGCUGGCCCAGAGUGUGGUUACAUACCCUCCCCACCCCAUAAUGCAGCCACUGAGGAACAGUGGUGUUCCCCAACAGACAUUGCUAGAGUUGACUUCCUUAUCCCCAAAUUUAAAAAGAUAACAACACACACACACACAAAACCCCAGAACCCCAUAAGAUGUACAAUCUAGGAAGAAAAAUAGCACCCUUCUGUCCACUUAGCAAUAAGAGGGAUGUCUUCCCCGCUGCCCUGCUUACUCCUAUCCCCACCCCCAUCCCAUUAAUGUGAGUAAUGAAUUAACCUGGCCACAGGUGGUUGCUAUAGGCUAAUGGAAAAUACCUGACGAAGGGCAAAGCCCCCAUCAGAUGCAUGAAUGUUUGCGAAUGUUGGCUGCCACUGCCCCACACACUGUGUCUUUGUAGAAUACCCCCUUGCCCACCCCACUACCACCUCCACCUGGACACAACUUGCUCAAAGGCUGGUGACUUGUGGGCCAUUCAUCUACAACCAAGUCCUGAUGGAGCAAGAGGCCCAAGCCUAGGGGAUGCAAGAACGACCCAUUUCUUAAAUGUUACCAGUCCCAGCCAAUCUUAUGGUGACAUUAUGGUUAAAUUUCCCAACUGAAAACAAGCCAACAGACACUCAAAGUGGUCCUGUGAAUGUUGCUAGACUUUAUGUGUUGUACAACUAAACAUUGCUGUUUGAACAGUAA